UUUAAAGAUGCGAAGAUUUUUAAAUAUUAGCCAAUCAGGCAAUAAAAAAGAUGAAGAAAAACCAUUGAAAGCAAAACUCUUAAAUUAUAGAAAAAAUAAAAAACAAACAUUAUUGGCAAAGGAAACACAAAAACAAAAUUUAUUAGAACAACAAAAAACAAAAAUUAACAGAAAUGUUUCCCCAACAAAUUUAUUUGAAAAGAAUCAACCCCCUCAACAACAACAAACAAAUCAAAAUCCACAAACCUCAACAGAAAAUGUAGUAAAUAAUGAAAAUAAAAUCAAAUCAGAAUUACUUCAAUUACCAAAACCAGCGUGGAGAAAUGUUUUAGAAAAUUUUGGUUUUGAUAUUUUAGAUAAUUACCCAAUGAGAAAAUGGAGGGAAUUUUGUUCAACAAAUCCAUUAAUGUGUUGGAUAUUUACAGGAAUUACUUGGGCAAUUUGUCAAUAUUUGGCUGCUAAAGCAGAAUUUGGCUUUGUUUUCCUCGCAAUUUUUUUGUUACUUUUAAUUCUUUUAAAUCUUGGAAUACGUGAAGAAGGGGAACUAUCUGCUUAUUCAGUAUUUAAUGAAGAUUUUAUAAGAUUAGAAGGGGAAUUGACGAGUGAAGACUUUGAAAGUGAAAUUCUGAUGAGGAGAAGAGUAACAAAAACAGAUUAA